AUGCCAUUCUCUUUCACCCUCCCGACCACUUCGGCGUUUUCGUUCUCAAAAUAUUUCACCAGUGACUCCCACCCCUCUCUUCCAUUAUCCGCUAGCACAUACCGUGGGGUAUUACGGGAUACGUUAAAGAAACACAAACGCCUCCCGCCACACGAGCAAUCGUCCAACCUUGGCAGUGUACUAUUAAGUCUCAAUAACUAUAUCCCAUACUUAUUGGCUGUGGACGCAGGCUUAACAACUCAACCUGUGGCCGGAGAAGAGAUAGAUGUUGUGUUGAAAUCGACACCAACGUUGGAAUGGAGACCAACACUUUCAGGUAAUGUCAUUCCUGGACGGGAAUCUGCAAGAUUAAAGAUCAACUCCUUGGAAUACGAGAUAUACUUUGUUUUGUCAACGCUUGCCUAUACCCAAACUCUGCUUUCCCGAGCAGCACUUCGUCCCCUCUAUUCAUCGGCAACUGCCUCGUGCACCACCGAACAGCGGACACUGGUCAUCACAACAGCAACCAAACACCUCCUAUUGGCCGCGUCAAUCCAUGACUAUAUAUCAACACGAUCUGAUCAAAUAUCCCCAGACCCGCCAUGUGUGGAUAUUGCCAAAUACACCUUCCGGGCCCUCUCCUCUCUUGCAAUGGCUGAAGCGACCCUAUUAGCAGUCUUGAAAGACGACCCUUAUCCAGCUGCCGUUGCACAAGCCCGCAACAAGAAUGAUAAGGAUUGGAUGAUCAAAUCUCCGGAUAUUCCAAAAGUCAGAGCCCAUCUAUUUGCCCGCUUAUGCCUCGCUGCUGCUGAACAUGCUGCGAAUGCACACUCCUUGCUAAAUACUAGCACUGGGAAAGGGAAAGUCGAUUCUGAUUUAUUGAAAUAUGUGGAAGAUUUAAGGAGCACUAGCCGCGCCAAAGCCUGUAGAUUUCUCGGCAUCGAUGCAGAUCUAGGCGGCCAGACAGGAACUGGUAUCGCAUGGUUGCAAGCUGGUAUGCAUGAAAUUGGUAUUUCACCGGAAACUGAGGGAGGCAAGAGCGGGCUAGGUUUUGGAAGGUUUAAAAAAGAUCUAACGGAGAAAAGAGAGGAUAAGAAAGUUGAGAAGGGGGCAUCUUGGGGCUCGGAUGCCGGAAAGUUGGAGGAAGCAAGGGCAUUAGGGAUGCUAGAAAAGAAGUGGACAAAAAUGAAUGACACAAUCAACACCCAGCUAGUACCUCCAAUUGGACCACUGAUAUCUACAAUGCCUUCAGGUAGAGAAAUUCAUAGUCUGAAGCCUUUCGAGCCUCCUGUCCUCGAUCAGUCAACUAUCGAAAACAUGAGGGCGCCACCUGACCGCGCUGAUGACUACGGUAGUGAGAGUGGUUCCGAUGAAUAUUCAGAAAGCCCGAAUCCGGUGGGAGCCUUUCCUGGCACCAAGGCUGAUUAUUCGAGAAGUAGUAGCAGCAGCUAUUUCUGA